CGGCGAGCAGGAUCAAGUGAAGUUAGUGAGUCGUGCGUCAAGUGACGGGAGGUUUAUUUCAAGCUUACUGACGUGCAUGUGUACGAUUGCGCGCGCAAUGAAUCAGGCCCCAGUGUCGUGCAUUCCAGCGGGGAAGAUGUCAAAGGCGAAGAAGGUGCUCGACGAGGCCCGCGAGAUCCAGAAUCCAGAGUUGGAUCUCGCGGAUAAGAGUAUCUCAACGUUCGAGGAGAUGCCUGGAUUGCCGGUACCGCCGGGCCUUGCUAAUCUAGUCAACUUGGAGAUACUGAACCUGUUCAAUAAUUACAUAACUGAGCUUCCAAUUUCAUUGUCACAGAUGCCAAAGUUACGGAUUCUUAAUGUCGGGAUGAACAAAUUGGACGUACUUCCGCGUGGAUUUGGUGCUUUUCCGGUAUUAGAAGUCUUAGAUCUAACGUAUAACAAUUUGAGCGAGAAGAAUUUGCCAGGGAACUUUUUCAUGAUGGCUUGUACUGAGAGAAAAUGAUUUGAUUGAAUUACCAAAAGAAAUCGGAGAACUAACGCGACUCAGAGAGUUGCACAUUCAAGGGAACCGACUGACAGUCCUGCCUCCAGAGAUAGGAAAUUUGGACUUGGUGAGUAACAAAGCAGUGUUCAGAAUGGAAUUCAAUCCGUGGGUAACACCGAUCGGCGAUCAAUUGCAAGUUGGCAUUUCUCACGUUAUGGAUUACAUACGUUCUGAAACGUACAGGUACGUGUAUAAUCGGCACCAAAGCGCCAAAGGACCACCGCCGCCGAUAGAAAACGACAAGAGUAAGAAGAUAUCACGCGUUCGUUAAAACAGCAACAGAAAUAUUUCUGAACUAACACAACUCUUUCUAGUUCAUUCACUGCCAGGAAUUUCGCAGUUGUAACAUUAUUGCAAUGAAAGCGGUGCCUUAAAUAUUAACACAAAGAUAGAUAUUAUGCAUUUGAAUCUUGCAAUACGUGACACGUGUACAACAUAAAUUAUAUAUACAUGCAUUAUUAUAUAUACAUAUUAUGUAAUAUUGUGUAAUUGUUAUAUUAAUCAGAGUUGACGAUCUUAUUAAUAUAUAAUAAGUGCUAUUUUUAUAACAAGUAAAUAAUAAAUAUAAUUUAUAUAAUAAA